UUAAUAAAAAAUAAAAAAUAAAACAAACAAUAAUAACAUCAAUGAAUACACAGUGUACUGUAUUUGUUGAGAAGGGAAAGAGUCUUUGGCACCUUGCGGUAGUAGGCUAGUUGGCAACGAAUCUGAGUAAACCUUGGCCCACUGUAUGUUCUGUUAACUUAAUUUUGAUGAGAUUUUCAAUAAAUUGAUCUGACAUUCAGAAUGGAUGAACAAGAUAAAGGAAAAUCAGCAAGUGUAACCAAAAAAAAGCAGGAAGUAGGAAAGAAAAGAAUAGAAGAUCCAAAAGGGACUGGUAUUGUUAAAGAUGAGAGGUUUUUACUGCAUUGCUGUCCAUUUGGAAGUGAGCAUGGCAAGUCUGAAUGUCCCGAACGUCUCACCAAGAUUCAUAAAAAACUGAAAGAUUAUGGACUGCUUGACAGAUGUGUGCAAGUGCAGGCAAGACUGGCCAGCAAUGAAGAAUUAUUAUUUUGUCACAGUCAAGAUUAUGUUAACAAAAUGCGUUCUACAGCCACAAUGGCUCUGGACCAAAUCCAGGAACUUUCAAAUACCUAUGACUCUAUCUUCAUUUGCAAGGAUACAUUUGUAACUGCUUGCUUAGCAGCUGGCUCGCUUAUUGGUCUUACAGCAAAGGUUGUCAGUGGCGAGUUGAAAAAUGGAAUUGCAAUUGUAAGGCCUCCCGGACAUCAUGCACAGGAAAGCAUUGCUAACGGCUACUGUAUAUUCAACAAUGUUGCGAUAGCCGCACGAUUCGCCAAAGAGAAGUUUAAUCUUGAGAGGAUAUUAAUUGUUGAUUUUGAUGUGCAUCAUGGCCAAGGCAUUCAAUAUUUGUUUGAAUAUGAUCCGAGUGUUUUAUAUUGCUCCAUUCAUCGAUAUGACAAUAAAGAAUACUACCCUCGUUUAGUGGACAGUAAUUCAGAGCACAUCGGACAGGGACGUGGGCAGGGUUACAACAUCAAUAUUCCUUGGAAUGCGGCUGGGUUUGGUGAUACUGAAUACUUGGCAGCCUUCCAACAAGUUAUCCUUCCGGUGGCAUAUGAGUUUAAUCCUCAGUUAGUUUUAGUCUCUUGUGGCAUGGAUGCAGCUAUCGGUGAUCCAAAGGGUGAAUUUAAUGUCAGUCCAGCAUGUUACGCACACAUAACGAGCAUGCUUAUGGGGCUUGCAGAUGGUAAAAUUUGCUUUUCAUUAGAGGGUGGUUAUUGCUUAGAGAGUUUGGCUGAAGGUAUCGCUAUGGUUACAAGGACAUUGCUUGGCGACAGUUGUCCACUGCUACAGCCUCAGCAGCAACCUCAUGAAAGUGCUGUGGAAAGUAUCUUAGAGACAAUUGCAAAUAUUAAACCCUUCUGGAAAUGUCUGCAGUUUCAAGGGUCUAUCAAAGAUGAUGCAAAUUUUUCAGAGGAGAAGCCCACAUCUGGUAGUGAUAUGAAUCCAGAGCCUGUAAGCACAUUAGCCAACAUGAUGGCAGAAAUCAAACUUGCAGUUCCGGAGCAUAGAACUUGUUUGGUGUAUGAUGAGAAAAUGAAGUUGCAUAAGUCAGCCUUUUGCCAUCCAGAAUGCCCUGAAAGAAUCUCACGGAUAUUUGAAAAACAUCACGAGCUCGGUCUGGUUGACAGAUGCCGACGUCUGCCGUCAAGGUAUGCAAUACAUAAAGAAAUCGAACUCUGUCAUAACCUUGAUUACAUACUGUCUAUAGAGAAGACGAAGACAACAUCUUUUCGGGAAUUAUCAAAACUGCAAGAGGACUACAACUCAAUAUAUCUUCACCAGGAGACAUACGACAGUGCCUGCUUGGCUGUUGGCUGUGUUCUCAGUGUUGUUGAUAAUGUACUAGGUGGCAAGUGUGUCAAUGGAACUGCAAUAGUAAGGCCACCUGGUCAUCACGCUGAAGUGGACGACGCAUGUGGUUUUUGUUUCUUCAACACUGUUGCUAUCGCGGCAAAAUAUGCCCAACAAUUUUAUGCUGCAAAACGUGUUUUAAUUAUUGAUUGGGAUAUUCACCAUGGCAAUGGAACACAAAACAUGUUUGUGAAGGAUCCUAGUAUUCUGUAUGUUUCCCUGCAUCGUUACGAUAAGGGAUUUUUUUUCCCUGGAUCGAGCCGAGGGGAUGCUAAUAAAGUUGGCUUAGAGAAAGGGGCAGGAUUCAACAUUAAUAUUCCAUGGAAUUGGUCUAAAAUGGGAGAUGCUGAAUACUUAGCAGCUUUCCAACAAAUCAUCAUGCCAGUAGCCUAUGAGUAUGCUCCUGAUCUGGUCUUGGUAUCUGCUGGAUUUGAUGCUGCAUUGGGAGACCCACUAGGCGGAUAUUCAAUUACCCCUGAGGGUUAUGCUCACUUUACCCAUAUGUUAAGCAGCUUAGCUAAUGGACGUGUUAUAAUAGUGUUAGAGGGUGGUUACAAUUUAACUUCAAUUUCCAAUUCAAUGGCAAGGUGUACGCAGACGCUAUUAGGAGAUCCUUGUCCAAUACUGAAUGCUGGUCGUCCGAACCAGGACGCCAUCACUUCCAUUUGGGACGCACUGCAGUGCCAGAGACCAUAUUGGAAGUGUCUUCAAUUCCAAAGACUGCUACCAUAUAAACCUUCAAGUCAAGACAACCAAUCAGAAGAUUUUCAAGAUAGUGCUGCUGGAGGUGAUUCCACCACUAGACAUUUGAUGGCAGCAUCUGCAAGCGACACCUCUGUCGACGACCUUAUCCAGUCAACAUCUGAAAUGUCCGUCUCAUCCACUGCUUGUCCGGAUGACAGCUUUUACUCCUGUUCCUCUGACAUGCCUCAAUCUCCAGAAGCAGCUGAGAUCAAGAAUCAAUCUCCUGAUGAAUCAUUACACAAGACACAACCUGAUGGAAGUUCAAAAGAAGUUGAAGAAGAUCUUGGAGCAGUUGGUGGUGAAGUAAAGUCUGGAACUGUUGGAACUGUCAAAGACUUCCUAGGAAAUGUAGCAGGAGAUGAUCUUCAGUUGUUUGCAGUGGUUCCCCUGACCUGGUGUCCUCAUCUUGAAGCGGUUACUCCUCUUCCAGAGGACGGGCUUCAUGUAGAUGAACCUUGUCUUGAAUGCGGUGACAGAAAAGAAAACUGGGUGUGCCUGGAAUGUUACAAAGUUUUGUGUGGACGAUAUGUUGAAUGUCACAUGGUUAAACAUGGGGAAGAGAGCGGCCACAACAUGGUGCUCAGUUACGCUGAUCUGUCAGUGUGGUGUUAUGGAUGCGACUCCUACGUGCACAAUCAGAUUGUUAUCCCUAUGAAGCGUGCUGCUCAUAUCAGUAAAUUUGGUGAAGACAUACCAGGCUAUUAACUCAUUCAAGAUAUUUUUGUAAUAUGGUGUUUGUGAAGAUUUAUGAAAAAAUUUCAGAAAUAUAUUACCAUAUAGAAGAAGUUUGAAAUGUAUCUUUUUUAUGGAAAUUUCAAAUUUCGUGGGAUUUUAAAAUAUAUCAUGUUCCUAAACCAGGAAUAUUUAAGUUCAUAUUAAGGUGAUAAAUAUAUUUUAUUGAUGAAUGAUGAACACACGUGGAACCUCACAAUGGUGUGUGUGUAUAUAUAUAUAUACAUAUAUAUAUAUACAUUGCUUAAUGGUAGACCAGAACGGAUAAUUAAAUAAAAAGCGAGGUUCAACAGGUUUGAUCAGACACUUUAUAUAAAAUGU